AUGGUUUUUCAUGUUAUUUUGCUUCUGUUUUUUAUUGGAGCUGCAAAGACACAGGCUGAUAUUUCAAGCACUACUCCUGGAACAUUGUACAAUGUGACUAUUUCUUCUGUUACCUCUUCAGUGUACAGCUCACCUGUCAGUAAAACAGUGACAACUAAUGUAACUAAUCCAGGACCUCCUAUUUUCCUCGCGGGGGAAAGAGUUGGAUCUGCAGGAAUUCUUCUCUCUUGGAGCACACCACCACAUCCAAAUGGAAGGCUUAUAUCCUACAUUAUUAAAUAUAAGGAGGUAUGCCCUUGGAUGCAAGAUACUUACACUCAAGUUACAGCAAAGCCAGAUAGUUUGGAAGUUCUUCUUACCAAUCUUAACCCUGGAACAACUUAUGAGAUUCAGGUUGCUGCUGAAAACAGUGCUGGCAUUGGAGUAUUUAGUGACCCAUUUCUCUUUCAAACUGCAGAAAGUGCUCCAGGUAAAGUGGUGAAUCUCACAGUUGAAGCUUUCAACCAUUCUGCUGUAAAUCUUACUUGGUUUCUACCUCGACAGCCAAAUGGAAAAAUAACCAGUUUCAAAAUUAGUGUGAAGCAUGCAAGAAGUGGGAUGGUGGUGAAAGAUGUCUCUGUCGAAGUGGAGGACCUUCUGUCUGGAAGGUUACCAGAAUGUAAUGAUAACAGCGAAUCAUUUUUGUGGAGUACUACCACUCCUUCAACUACUUCUAGUAAAACUACCUUAUUUAUCCCAAGUACAAUUGCUCCCAGCAAAAUGAGCUCUCUCUGGAAUGAACCUAUCAGUUUUGUUGUGACUAAUCUCAGGCCAUACACAACUUACCUUUUUGAAGUUUCUGCAGUUACCAUUGAAGCUGGUUAUAUCGACAGUGCAAUUGUCAGAACACCAGAAUCAGUUCCAGAAGAUCCACCUCAAAAUUUUGUUAAAGGCAACAUCACAGGAAAGUCUUUCUCAGUUUCUUGGGAGCCACCAACCAUUGUUACUGGAAAGUUUAGCUACAGAGUUGAGUUAUAUGGGCCAUCUGGCCAUAUUUUGGAUAAUAGCACAAAAGACCUCAAGUUUACCUUUAUUAAUCUAACACCAUUCACAACCUAUGAAGUUUUUGUUGCCGCUGAGACAAGUGCUGGGAUGGGGCCAAAGUCAAACCUAACUGUUUUCACACCUGCAGAAGUCCCAGGGUAUGUAUUUGAUUUGCAUGUGGCAGAAGUAGCUGCAACCUUUAUUAGAAUUGCUUGGAAGAAACCACAGCAGCCAAAUGGAAUCAUCACUCAGUACAGAGUAAAGGUAUUACUUGAAGACACAGGGGAAACGCUUGAAGAUACAAUUCUAACAGAAAAAAAUAAGUAUUUUAUUGAAUCUGUGGAUCUAGACACAUUAAAUGAUAAUUCGCCAUCAUAUUUCACAUGGAAUAAAAUAGAAACAGUAACUGGUCCAUAUGAAGGUUCAGCUGAGAUGCUUCCAGCAGUACAUAUCCUUUCUCCAGUAAAAUUUACUAGUAUGUCUGGAGAUAAUUUGCCUACUUUGAAUGGAGCUGCAGAACUACAUUUGGAUCCUAGAUUUACUGAUACCAUCAACCUUUCAACUGAGCAACUGUCUUACCUUGUGAAUAGACUACAACCUUUUACUAAAUAUGCAAUCGCUGUGUCUGCUUUUACUAUCAUUGGAGAAGGACCACCAGCUAUUCUUAUUUCUAGGACAAGUGAGCAAGUUCCAAGCUCGGUAGAAAAUAUAAAUUAUAAAAAUAUUAGUUCAUCCUCAGUUUUGCUGUAUUGGGAUAUACCAAUACAUCCCAAUGGAAAAAUCACACAUUACACAGUUUAUGCAAUGGAGCUGGAUACAAACAGAGCUUUUCACAUGACGACGUCAAAUAACAGCAUCUUGAUUACAGGCUUGAAGAAGUAUACAAAUUAUAAAAUGAGAGUAGCAGCUUCCACUGAUGUAGGGGAAAGUGCUGUGUCUGAAGACAAUGAAAUUGUUGUGAGAACACUUGAGGACGAACCAAGUUCUCCACCCCAAAAUGUCAAGAUAUUAGAAGUGACUGCCACAGAAAUAAAUUUAAAAUGGUCACCACCUGAAAAGCCUAAUGGGAUUAUAACUCAUUAUGAAGUUAUGUACAUCAAUGCCAAUGCUUUAAUUUUAAAAAAUACUACAGCAACAAGUCUUCUUUUAAAUGGUUUGAAACCAUACACUCUGUAUAACAUUUCUGUAAGGGCAUAUACUCACAUUGGACAUGGAAAUCAGUCAUCACCUUUGUUAUCUGUAAGAACGGCUGAAACUGUUCCUGAAUUUCCACCACAAAACAUAACCUAUAGGAAUGUCUCUUCUUCAGAGAUAGAGUUAUCAUUCCUUCCACCAUCUGUCCCCAAUGGGAUUAUAGAGAGCUAUACCGUAUAUCUCAGAGAGACUGAUGGAACUGAUGAAAGAAUCAUAAACACCACACAUACGUCACUAACUAUUACAGGUUUAAAAAUAUAUACAAAAUAUAUAGUUGAGGUGUCUUCAAGCACUGCAGAGGGUGAAGGUGCUCGCAGUGCACCGUUGAACAUACUGACUGAUGAAGAUGCUCCUAGUUCUCCUCCACGAUUGCUCACAGUAAAACAGUUGUCUGGUGUCAUUGUGAUGUUGUCAUGGAAACCACCAUUGGAGCCAAAUGGAAUUAUCCUCUAUUACACAGUUUAUAUUUGGAAUAUAAUUUCAAGAAGAAGUAUUAAUGUAACAGAAACAUCAUUAGACAUAACAGAUCUUGAAAGUAACAAUGAAUAUAGCGUUUAUGUAACUGCAAGUACCAGAUUUGGUGAUGGAAACAUCAAAAGUAACACGACCAGCUUCAGAACCUUUGAAGGAGCUCCAAGUGACCCACCUAAAAAUGUAUGGUAUAAAAAUCUUACUUCUUCAUCGGUACAAAUAUUCUGGGAUCCUCCUCAAAAGCCCAAUGGAGUUAUACUGUUUUAUUCAAUAUUCUACAAAAAUGAUUCAAAAACUUACAUGCAGAAUUUUACCAGUUAUACCAUUGACAAUGGUAUUGGCAAUGCAACUUUGUCUACAGUAUUAAACAACUUAGCAAAAUGGAGCCACUACACACUUUGGUUAACUGCAAGCACAGCUUUUGGGAAUGGAAACCAAACCAGUGAAAUAAUGCAAUUGUACACAGAUCAAGACAUUCCAGAUGGACCUAUUGAACAGCUGGCCUAUCAAAACAUUUCUUCCACUGCUGUAAAUAUAAGCUGGAUGCCCCCAACUCAACCUAAUGGAAUAGUUUUCUACAAUGUUACACUAACAACACAGGAUGCUCAAACAGACUAUGACAUUCUUUCACGAAUUUUGUAUGAUACAAAUGUGCUCUUUUAUAAACUGAAAAAAUAUACUAGUUACCUUCUAAAAAUAACUCCAGCAACAGAAAAAGGACCAUCUGAGGUGCACGCUACUAGCCUGCACAUUAGAACUGAGGAAGAUGUUCCAGAAUCUGCACCUAUUAUGACAUCUUACAAAAACCUUUCAUCUACCUCAGUGAUGUUAUCCUGGGAUCCUCCAGCCCAGCCAAAUGGCAUUAUAAUAAGCUAUGACUUAAAGCUGCAUGGACUAGAAAGAAAUGAAUAUUUCAGUACCUCCAAUAAUUCAGUCAUUUUAGACGACCUUUCCCCUUUUGCAGUCUACAGUUUUUUUGCCUCUGCAAGAACUGUAAAAGGACUUGGCCCAUACACUAUUUUAAUGUUCUCCACAGAUGAAUCUGUUCCAUUGGCUCCUCCUGAGAAUCUGACAAUUAUCAAUUACACUUCUAACUCUAUAUGGAUGAAAUGGAAUCCAAGUCCUAAACCAAAUGGUGUUAUCAGAAGAUACGUUUUUAACGUUUUUGAUAACAGCAGUCAAAGUACAUUUUAUCAGAACAUUUCAGGUUCAUGUAAUGAAGCUAAUAUUCUUGGACUAGAACCAUUCAGCACUUACUUCAUCAGUGUUUCUGCAUUCACAAAUGUUGGAAAUGGCAAUCAAUUCAGUAACUUUGUUCAAGUCACAACAAUGGAAUCAGCUCCAGAUAUUGUCCAGAGUAUCCAAUGUACUGCAACCAGUUGGCAGUCAGUCCAAGUCCAGUGGGAACCUCCUUUGAAGAGAAAUGGGAUUAUUACCCAUUACAUCAUAACAUUUGGAAGGAAUUCAACAACCUUAUCUUCCGAUACUAAAACAGCACAUACUUUCAGAGACUUGUUACCAAAUACCUCUUACCAGUUUAAAAUAAAAGCUGCAACAGCUGCUGGGGAUGGAAAAGAAAAGAUAUGCAAUGCUAGCACAUUUCCAGAAACAGCUCCCAGUGCUCCCAGAGAUGUUUCGUUUUCAAAUAUACAAUCAACAAGUGUGACCUUGAGAUGGAGAAUGCCAGUUACUAUCUUUGGCUACUUUCAAAACUACAAAAUUACUGCACAGUUACGAUCUAUCAAUUGCAGUAACUGGGAAGCUGCUGAAUGUAUUGAAUAUGAGAAAGAACAAUAUUCAUAUGUUGCUGGUGCUUUUACAGAGGAAAUAGUAUAUGACCUGAAAAAAUUCAGAUGGUAUAGAUUUAGAGUUUCUGCUAGUACGAAUGCUGGUUAUGGCAGCUCUUCACCUUGGAUUUCUACACAAACUCUCCCUGGCUCUCCAGACGCUCCUCCAGAAAAUGUAACUGUAGUAGUUACAUCUCCUUACAGUAUUAACAUUAGCUGGAGUGAGCCUGUCAUCAUUACUGGACCAACAUUCUACCUCAUUGACAUUACCUCAGUAGAUACUGAUGACUAUAAAGCUUCGUUCGUCAAAACAAAUGAUGAGGAUAAAAACCUUGAUGUUUCAGGUUUAAGGGCGUUUACAAGGUAUUCUGUAGUGGUCACUGCAUUUACAGGAGAUAUUCAUGCUGCUCAUAUAGAAGGCAAAUCCAGCACUUCAGUUAUUGUUUCCACUUUUGAAGCAGAGCCCAGAGACCCACUUAACAACAUAACAUUUCAGAAGAUACCUGAUGAAGUUACAAAAUUACGGGUGACAUUUAUACCACCAUCUGAACUCAAUGGAAAUACUCAAGUAUAUCAAGCUCUGGUACACAAAGAAGAUGACCCGACUGUCUUCCAGAUCUAUAAUUUAAGUGUUAUAGAUAGAACAAACAAGUCAAUCACUGCCAUAAUAGAGGGACUAAAAGGAGGACACACAUAUAAUAUCAGCGUGUAUGCAAUCAAUGGUGCUGGUGCAGGGCCAAAGAUCCAACUUAAAAUUACAACAGACAUUAAAGAACCACCAAUGCCUAGUAAGAAGCCAGUGCCAGUUUAUGAUACCAGUGGAACACUACUUGUCACUGCUACAACAAUUACUAUUCAUAUGCCAGUUUGCUAUUAUAAUGAUGACCAUGGGCCUAUCAGGAAAAUACAAAUUCUUGUGGCAGAAGCAGGAGUUCAGCAUGAUGGCAAUGUAACCAAGUGGUAUGAUGCCUACUUCAGAAAACCAAGACCCUAUUUUGUAAAUGAGGGCUUUCCAAAUCCUCCAUGUACAGAAGGAAAGGAAGGACUGAGCAGCAAAGAAGAUGUUUAUGUAAUAGGGGCUGAUAGUACAUGUAUGAUACCAGGCAGUGAAGAAAAUUUUUGCAAUGGCCCGCUGAAGCCCAGAAGACAAUACCUAUUUAAGUUCAGAGCUACAAAUAUAAGAGGACAAUUUACAGAUUCAGACUAUUCUGAUCCCAUUAAAACUUUAGAUGAUGGUUUUUCUGAAAGAGCUGUAGAAAUAAUACUUGCAGUUACUAUGUGUAUACUUUCUGUAAUUCUCCUUGUGGCUGCAAUUUAUGCUUUUGCAAGAAUUCGACAAAAGCAAAAAGAAGGAGGCACAUACUCUCCACGGGAUGCAGAAAUUAUUGACACUAAAUUCAAACUAGAUCAGUUGAUCACAGUGGCAGACCUGGAAAUGAAGGAUGAGAGAUUUACACGGUUACUUAGUUAUAGAAAAUCCAUCAAGCCCAUAGGCAAGAAAUGUUUUCUGCAACAUGUUGAAGAGCUUUGUACAAACAACAACCUAAAGUUUCAGGAAGAAUUUUCGGAACUUCCCAAGUUUCUUCCAGAUCUUGCCUCAACUGAUGCUGAUCUUCCUUGGAACAGGUCUAAAAACCGUUUUCCAAACAUCAAGCCAUAUAACAACAACAGAGCGAAGCUGAUGCCUGAUGCUAGUAUACCUGGAUCUGAUUACAUCAAUGCCAGCUAUGUGUCUGGCUAUUUAUGUCCAAAUGAAUUCAUUGCUACUCAAGGACCAUUACCAGGCACAGUAGGGGAUUUCUGGAGAAUGGUAUGGGAAACUAGAGCAAAAACCCUUGUUAUGCUUACUCAGUGUUUUGAAAAAGGACGGAUACGAUGUCAUCAGUACUGGCCUGAAGACAACAUACCAGUGACUGUGUUUGGAGAUAUAGUGAUUACUAAAUUAGUAGAAGACAUUCAAAUAGAUUGGGCCAUCAGGGAUUUAAAAAUUGAAAGGCAUGGAGAUUGUAUGAUGGUACGUCAGUGUAACUUCAUUGCCUGGCCUGAACAUGGAGUACCUGAAACAACUGCAUCAUUAAUCCAUUUUGUAAAGCUGAUCCGUGCCAGCCGAGCACAUGAUAGUACACCCAUAGUUGUGCACUGCAGUGCUGGAGUUGGAAGAACAGGAGUUUACAUCGCCCUUGACCAUUUAACUCAGCAUAUGAAUGACCAUGACUUUGUGGAUAUCUAUGGACUUGUAGCUGAACUGAGAAGUGAAAGGAUGUGUAUGGUACAAAAUCUGGCACAAUAUAUAUUUUUGCACCAGUGUGUUUUGGACUUGUUGACAGUCAAGAGGAGCAGCCAGCCUGUAUGUUUUGUUAAUUAUUCAGUACUUCAAAAGAUGGACUCUUUGGAUGCUAUGGAAGGUGAUGUGGAACUAGAGUGGGAAGAAACCACCAUGUAAAUAGACAGCUAAAAACCUUACUAUGUUUAAAAAAAUAAAAUUUAUUGGUUUUUUUAAAAAAAAUCAGGGGCCAAAACAACCCCCCUCUUUCAAUGAACUAAAAGCAAAUAUUAAUUUUUAAAAAAUAAUAAUGUUAUAGUUU